UCAGUUACAGGCUCCAGGUUUCCAAAAAACCCUUACUCCCAAGGUCUUAAGAGGAAAUACAGGAGAUUAUAUUCUUACCCAUUUCCAUUUCUGUCAAUGUUGUGCCGUUUUGAUGAUAUAAAAAGCUUUUAUUCCAUUCCAACUUUUUAUCCCAUUAAGAAAGCGUGCAGCGACCAAUGUGACGGGUUGCAGUGCUGCCUAAACUAGGGUUUCUAUGAGAUGGGUUGCUGUUGCUGUUACUGUUCUUGUGGGGCAGAGGCGAGCGGCAGGGGGAAUAUUAAGGGAUAACAAAGAAAAACAGCAGCGCUGGCAGGCAGGGCGGGCACUUUCAAAAGAGAAACUAGGGUUUGAGAAAAUGGGUAAACGACCCAGAUGGCGAGGAGGAGAGGAAUGUGUCGCGUGAGGUGAGACAAACACCCAUGUACGGAGGGGCCAUGAUUCUGACCUGCGUGUACAGUGGGUCCUACGCAUUUCAAUGCCAGGACCUCGACUCCCCGGCAGGCACGGCUGGGUCCCGCUUGCCCCUCGCACGCCAUCAUUCAAUUCCUUAUGCGCAUCAUGAAUCAUGGAUCGAUCAUCCCCACGGUCCAGCGGUUCCAAGGUAGAGGUUUUAGGGUUUGGAUUUUGAUCCAAAACCCUAGCUUCAAAACCCUAGGGGGCCCUGGAAGAGAUGAGGGGUAAUGGGCAUGGGCAUGGUGAUGGUAAAAGUAGAGCGGGCAUGAUGACGAUUGAGGUCGCUGUCGUGGGGGUUGACGUAGCCGGCGGGCGGGGUGGGUGGUGAAUUGUCGGGAUGUCGGCCAAAGCAAUGAAAGUGUUGUUGUUGUUAACUAGUGCGCACCUCUUUCAAGUUUCUUGGCACUUUCAUCUGCAUCUUCCUUUUCUUGCUGCAAUAUAUUUGUCACGCCUUAUCAUUCGGACAACAAGAACUCGGGAAGACUGAAAAAAACUGAUUUUUUUUUUGUUGUGCGUUGUGUUUAUGGUUUUUGGGAUUCUAGGUCGAAGACGGAGAAGCUUGAGAAGAUCAAAGGGAAAUCUGCAAAAUGCUGUCGGGAGUAGGAUCCAGUCGGUCUAAUGGGUCCAACGUCACGGUUUCGACUCUCUCCCAGGCCAAUACUGGGCUCACGGAGCAUGACUACAUUGGUCUCUCGGAGGUUUCUUCCUCCUCUUCGGACUAUGUUCAGGAACAAGGUAAUGUGGAGAGCUUGGAAGAAGCGGAGCUUAAUUUGGGUCUUAGCCUGUCCUACAAAAAAGCUAACAAUAGUAAUACAAAUGCAGCCAUGACUGGCAAGGGCUUUGUUUGUGAGAAUGAAUAUCAGAGGUCUAGUUCUGACAAUCCAGGAGAGUUUUACAGAGGAGGAUUUAAACAGUGGGUUACUCCCAAGGAGAGAGUGUGGCCAGGUGCAAGGAUUCUGACUGCACAGGAUCUGCAGGCUCUUACUCCUUCGAUGGGGGAAGCUGCAACACCUGGUUAUGCUGCCUUCCCGGACUCAAACAAGCCGAUCGUCACUCCUGCUGGAAGCAAGAGGGCAUCUAACGAGUCCCCUUCUGCAAGUCCCAGAGAGCAAGCAGUAGGGUGGCCACCAGUAGGGUCAUUCAGGAGAAGCAAACUUCCUACUCAGCCUAGGCCUACAGGUGAUGACCAGGAGGAAUGUGUCCAACAACCAAGCAAAUCUUUCCCAAACCAGGGGAGCUCACUGUAUGUCAAGGUCAACAUGGAUGGUGUGCCAAUUGGUAGGAAAGUGGAUCUCAAUGCUCACGAUGGUUAUGAAAGUCUUGCUUUGGCUUUGGAGGACAUGUUCCAACGGCCUACAAAUGGUAAAAUCCAAAAUUCUGGGCAGAUUCCUAUGCAAAAAGCACGCACUGUGACCAAUGAACAUAAGCGCCCAAGAUUCUUGGACAGUUCUUCAGACUUUGUAUUGACCUAUGAAGAUAAGGAAGGAGAUUGGAUGCUUGUUGGUGAUGUGCCAUGGAGGAUGUUUGUUAACACCAUCAAAAGGCUAAGGAUUAUGAAGACAUCUGAUGCCAAUGGUCUAGGUCCAAGAUGCUCUGAAAAGAUAAAUCGGCAGAAAAGCAAGCCCAUUUGAGACUAUACAUGCAAAAAUACCAGGAAAAUAUUAUACGUGUUUUAAAUUUGCUAUACUGUGGUGGAUACUCCCGGCUUUCAUAUCUUUAGUCUCUCAUAGUGAUUUUUUUGAGCAAAUCCAGCUUUCUGACCUAACAACAUAAUGUAUGAUUUUGUUCACGCAAUGUGAUAUAUAUUACCAACACAUAUACCUGUAUCAAUCUUAGUAUGUUAAAGCGGUUGAGGAAUACCUCUUAUUCAGUUUUGGUUUUCUAUUGGAAGACUGGUCCAGGCCUCAGAGAUGCCACUAAACCUCAAAAUAUGCGUCUGGAUAUGGGGAAGGUUCAAGAUGUAUGAUGAGACUUAAGCUAGCAGUAUUGAUUUCCAUGUGGCUUUCUCUUCAUCUGUACAGUAAUUUUUUAUAAGAUGCAAACUUGAUAUAUGUUUAUGUUUAUGUUGAAAAUGUCAAUCAAAUUGUACAUUCAAUGA